AUGUUUUUCUGCUCCAUCAUCUCCAAGGUCCUCUACAAGGACCUCCAACGGCGUAAAGUUGAGGAAGUCCCAGAGGGGCUUUCCCGUGCUACCAUCCGGAAUUCUUUCCACAGCCAUGACCUGAAGAUCAGGUCACUUUACACAUGGUCCCGUAUCAUGGAUAGUUCCUCAGUGGGCCCAAACAGCACAAAAUCCUCAUCGCUGAAUCCUAAGUCGAAUGACACCAUUGCCUUUACUCUUACCAGUCUUAAGGACGGCAUUGGCGCAGUCAUAGAAGUAGGUCUACGAUUGGAGAUCGUGUCUCUGGACGAUUCAGGGUCGGUGGGUGGGCGAAGAUAG